GGUGAUUCCGGAAAGGGAGAAAGCACACUCACUACUGAAGGAGCCUGGGGUCUCACACCCCUGCAGGACAUGCUCCGUGUGUCUGACGGAGGUGGCUGCGAGGCAUCUCCUGGAGAAGGAACUGGCUCUCAUCUCCAUGUCUUUGGACUUCUUUCUGCAGCCUCUGGAUGGCGGUCCCCGGGUGCUCGUGGGGCCUGGGCAGACGGUGAUAGGCCGCGGGCCUCUGCUGGGAAUAACAGACAAAAGAGUAUCCAGAAGACAUGCCAUUCUAGAGGUAGUGGCCAAUCAGCUUCGAAUCAAACCAAUACAUACGAAUCCAUGUUUCCAUCAGUCCUCUGAGAAGAGCCAGCUCUUGCCAAUGAAGACACACACGUGGUGCUGGUUGAAUCCUGGGGAUAGCUUUUCCUUGUUACUCAACAAGUACUCUUUUCGUGUUCUUACUACACAAGCUGAAGAGGAAAUGGAGUGUACUUUACGGAACAGUCAAAUACUUGAAGAUGAUUUGUUGAGCAAGAUGCAGAAGUCCCCUGUGAUUAAUUUACCCGAUGAGACACCUGGUGCUUUACAGCUGCAAGGACGCCCCCCAGUUACCGAGGCCAAGUGGUCUGCCGUAGAGCCCAUGUCUUCGGCAGGUGCAUGUGGAGAUGUCUGUGAGCGCCAGCCACACCCCGCCCAGAGAAAAAGAGUCCUCCCAGCUUGGAUGUUAGCAGAAAGUUUAAGUGAUCAAAACCUUUCAUCACCUGUCCAGGGUGGAGAUAAGGAUGCUGUUCAGAGGAGUGGAAAAGAAGGAACCUGCAAAGAUAAAACCCCAGUGAACAUAACACAGCAUGGAAGAAAGCGAUUAAUUUCACUAGGAAAUUUGGAAAGUAUGUCAACAGAACAGGACCCUGGGAAAAAAUGUAAAAGUUCUGAUCAAGAAGGACUGGUUGUUUCAUCCAAGGAAGUUCCAGAAUCAUUGUCUUCAAUCACAUUAAGUGGCACAGAUACAGAUACUGUGAAGACAAAUGAACUGAGCAAUGCAGUUCCAAUAGAGGAACUUGGUGAGGUCUCUAAAUACAAAACUGUCAACAAAGCAACAGCAAACAAAGAUGGUGAGACAGUGAGGCAUCCUGAGAGUCAUUCAAGCAUCCAAAGUAAGUCACUCCCUGAGACAUCGAAAGGAUUCUAUCCCGAGUCCAGCUCUGGUCCCUCCAGCCCUGAUGCUUCUUCACACACAGUGGCUGAUUCAGUUCUAGGCUCUUCAGAAGAAAGCAAGGUCCGGAGGGUGUCCUGCAUGUAUGGGGCUAAAUGCUACAGGAAGAAUCCUCUGCAUUUUCAACACUUCAGCCACCCUGGAGACAGUGAUUAUGGAGACAUACAAGUCACAGAUGAAGGUGUGACUGGUGACAGGCCUGAGUGUCCUUAUGGGGCAUCUUGUUACAGGAAGAACCCCCAGCACAAGAUGGAAUACAGACACAGUGCACUUCCAGUCAGGGUUGCUCUAGAUGAAGAUAGUGAUGAUGUCGGGCACCCCAGUGAGAAUGACCUGAAUGACAGCUUUCCAGAAGAAGAUGAGGAUGAAGGACACGAGCCAACAGAUGAGGAUUCUGACUGGCAGCCGGGAAAGGACAAUGAGGAGAAGGAAGAUGUGGAAGAGCUUUUGAAAGCAGCAAAACGGUUUAUGAAGAGGAAAAAGUAACUUUUCUGCAGUAAUAAAACUCACAUUUGCUUUUGUCCUUAUGGGAAACGUCCAGAAACUGUGUAGGCACUUCAGGAACCAUUUUCUUCAUUUAUAGUUCUUCUCAUUUGAAACAUUUAAACACCAGCCUUCAGAGAAGUAGGUGGAAGUUAUGUUGUUGCCUGUUUGGGUGCUUAUUUAGUUCAUCUGUUAGUGGAAGCAGGUAAAGGGGUUAGGCAGGGACUGACACUUUUUCAUAUACUUUACAUACUGCUAAUAAAAGCCAUAGGUAGUACACGCCUUUGAUCUUUGUAACAUCCUGUGCAAGCAUAGCCAGACGAUUACAGAACAGUGGAGGGCAUAGCCCUACACUGCUCUUUAAAGAGUCCCUCAUUGAACACAGUGAUAGCCAGUGUAGUGUCUGUAAUUUUCCUCAUGCAUUACGUGUGGCUUUGUGAUUUAAUUUACUGCUUUUGUCUGUUGAAUCCUGGGAAAAUUAUUAACAGAUGCUGAAAAUGACCCUGUUAAGAUAUACGGAAGCAACACUCACUGUGCAAGGAGAUGUUUUUUAUACAUCCCAUAACUAUGGUUGCUUUCACAUUAUGCCCAUCCUUGAUUACUUUGCUUACACUACUUUACACAUAGGAUGCCCAAAAGCUUUUUUUAUGGUCAUAUUUUUCUCGGAGGUUCUCCUAGGCUUGGGUGAGAGGAGAAAGUUCUCUGCCAUGGUUAGGAUUCUGGCUUCUGAAGAAUCCCCUGCUCCAAGUUAAUGAGGUACAUCUCCUCACUCCUGUCCUUGAACCAGGCUCUCAGUAACUCAUUUUAGGCAGUUUAGCGUUUCUAGUUUUCACUGUUCACAGAGUCUGCACACAGAGCUUGGGGGUGUGUCAAAUCAUGAAGCAGCAAUCUGUAAGCACCUUGUCAUUCUUUAAGAGGAAAUAAAAUACACAUUUUAGAAGAACAAUGCUGAAUAUGUUUUCUUAGCCUCUCCAUGUAAUUAUACAAUUUAAAUUUUACUUAAAUCGAAGAAAGACUAAAUAAAUAUUU